ACCAAUGGUAGUACGCAGUCACUGACAGAUCCGGCAGUAGGAAGUAAUAUAAUGUUAUUUUAUUAAGAAAGAUUGUUAAAAUUAUAAAAAUUAAUGUUAAUUGUACAUGAAAUAGAAUUAUUGCGAAAAAGAAUUUAAUAUAUUUAAUAUCAAUAUUAAAAUAAAAAAAAAUAUAAGUGUGAAACAUGUCGAAAACGAAGAAGAAUUCACAUAGCAGCGAGGAAUUUAGUACAUCGUAUUCUUCUUCUUCUGUAUCAUCUGACGAGGAGAUAGAUGCAAGAGAUUUAAAACCUAUGAAAGAUUAUCUUUCGAAUCGUAGAGAAUUAGCACGUCAACUUUUUAAAUCUGUUAAGCCUGAAAAAAUACGUAUGAUGCUACCACAAGCAUUAAAGAAAAUGGAUUUUGGAGAGUUAGAAGAAUGGUGUGCUAGCGAAUUAAGCGGGAUGUCCAAAACUCGAGUAUUAUGUAUUUUGGAUGGGAAACCUAUGUUAGAAUCUUCUGAUACUAGUGAAUCGGAUGAAUCAGGUCCUUCUUUAGAAAUUAUAUCUGAUACUGAGGAAUGGCUUACUGAGGAUGAUAAUAUUAAAAAAGAAGAUGGUAUGUCUGGAAAAACAAAAGUAAAGAAACAUAAGAAUACAAGUAAGGUAAAGUCACAGAGUAAUAACAAAAAGGAGGAUGUAGGAAAUUCUAAGUUAAAAGCUAAGAAUACUAAUAAAGAUGGAAGCAAUAAUAAGUAUAAAGAUGUCAAAAUUAAAAAGGAGGAAGAGAAAGAAACUGGUAAAGAAAAAGAAGCGGAUAGUUUGUUAGAUUUGUUAGAAUUAGAAAUGCGUGCUAGGGCUAUAAGAGCUUUGAUACGUAAAGAAGAUGAUAUAAUACCAAAUUCAAGUGAAUCCAAAACAUUAGCAAAUAAUGGUGCAGUUGAAGAAAAUCAUGUUAAUAAAUCUAGACAAGAUGAAAUAAGUGCAAAAGAGAAUUGUCGACGACAAUUAGAAAAAAUUAUAAGUUCUCAAAGAAUGGAUGGAGAUGAAGAAGAUGUAGUGUUGGUAGUUCAACCUACUCCGACAAUUGAGUUAUUAUCUAGUGAAAGUGAAAAUGAUGAAGUUGGAACAAGGGUAAAUCAAAAAUUGGAAAAUGAACGUAAAGUAGAAAGUACAACUAAUCUGAAUAAUAAAAAUAAUGUUACCAGUUCUACAGAACAAGGAGUUAGAGAAUCAAGAGUAGUAGAGGGAAGAGAUAAUGAUAAAAAAAUUAAUAAUACUAAUGAAGAAAUAUCUCAUCUUCAUACUUCACAUAACAAAGGUAAUUCUUCAUUGUCAUCUACAAAUAUUGCAGAUAAUACCAUAAAACGUAAAAAAGUGAAAAAGAAAUCACAUUCAAAAUGUGAAGUGAGAUCUGAAAGUUCUUUAAAUACAAAUAGUAAAUCUAAUGAAUGUCCAGGAAAGAAAGAAGAGAAACUUUGUGUGCUUGAAGAAAAAGAGAAAAUAACAGAAAAUAUAUCGAAAGAAGAAGAACCUGUCCCUUCUGUGUCACAUUCAAAACAAAAAGUUGUUUCUGAUGAGGAUAAAUUGGCUGAUUUUGAAGAAAUAAUCGAUUUAGAUAAUUACUCUGACGAUAUGGAUGACUUGGAAAAUUGUGAUAAUGAUAAAAAUAAAUAUAAAGAUAAAGAAAAAAUUAAAAAUAAAGAUAAUAGUACUAUAAAAGAACAAAAGAAUUCACAGGUGGUAGACAGUAAUUCAUCCAAUUCACAGAAAUUAAAAUCAGCUGAAACUUGGGCAACUCGUUAUUAUCAAACAGACGAUGUUCAAAACGUUAUAAAAGAAUCAAAAAUACAAUCUGAAAUCCGCAAACGUUUAAGAGAACGUCAGAGACUUUCUAAACUUACUAAUUCACCAAAUUUAAAUUCUUCUUCACCAUCUCGCGUACAAGAAGUUAAUAAUGAUAAGGUAGAAACGAAACCUACUGGUUCCGUAGAAGAGUAUUUAGCUUUGAAACAAGCAACUCAAUCAAAUUUGAAUACAGGUAGUGACAUUAGUGAUAAUUCUAUUAGUACACAAGAAAAAGAUAAAUGCAUGAAUACAUGCAGUGAAAAAAACGUAGAUGCGAAAGAUGAAAAAUUAAUUGCUUCUGUAAAUGAAGAUGUACAAAAAUCAAUUGUAACUACUGUAAAUAAUAAUAUAUAAAUUUUUUAAUUACUUUAUAACAAACAAUAUCAUUCUUAUAGUAAUGAAUUAAAAUACUCAGGCAUAUAUUUUUAUAAUAAAAAAUAUGUAUAUAUAUAUAUAUAUAUAUAUAUAUAUAUAUAUAUAUAUAUCAUUUUUUAUUUUUCAAUUACAAGUCUAUUUGUUACAACGUGCAUAUGUAUAAUUUAAUUUAGUACAUGCAUAUCAUAAGACGGAUUAAUUAUAUUCAUGUUAUUAAAUAUUUUAAUCUAAUAUACUUGCUCUUAGUUAUUAGGAUAUUCCAUUAGAGUAUUUUCGUCCUAUAUUUUUCGCAGUCUAGUAUUGAUAUUUUCUUUUCCAAAAAAGUGAUCAAAUUUCGUUCUAUUAUUUUUUUGAGAUAAUUCUUGAAAAAUUUUGUAAACAAAUUUAUUAAUUUCGAUCCAAAACUAUUCAUUACACCCAAUCCUGUGAAUCUCACUUCUAAUUUAUCAAACUCUGAUAUUUUAAUAUCCUCUAAUUUUAUUAUGCACUGUGGAGUAUUAUAAUCAACACUUAUUUCAGCUUUUAAUGCUAUAUUUUCUAUUGUACCUAAUAUUUCGCCACAUAUAUUUAUCAAACCAUAUUUAAGCUGUAAAUCACAAACAUAAAUUUAUUAUUACAUAAACUAUCAAAUCGUCAGUAUAAAUAUAAACAUAUACAAAUUUUUUAGAAUUUUACCUUAUAUUUAUUAAUCCGUACAAUUGCAUUAGAUAUACCAAAACCACAAGAAACCGUAUAUUUAUGGCCUUGUCGAAGUAAAAUUACAUCUGCUGUUCUUUUAAUAGUCGUUAAACCCCUAGAAAAAUAUAUUUAUAUAUAUGUAUGUAUGUAUGUAUGUAUGUAAAACGAAUUUCUUACUCGAAAGUGCCAUUAAAGGUUUGAAUUUGACCUUUCACGCCAAAGACUCCAAGAUUGGAAAUAAGAACUGCAUUGAUAUUUGGUAAUUUAAUCUUUCUUAGAUUAUAAACCUUAAUCAUAUCUAUUAUAGCACUAAUAGAUAGGUCGAUUAAAUCAUUAGCAUUUAUCUGAAAAUAAUAUAUUUACAAGAUUAAUUUAUAAAAGUAUCUAAUACCUCUUAUAUUAGAUAAAUAUAAUUAAAUUUACUUUAAAGGAAUUAGUAGACGAGGAUGGACAAGAUGAAAUCCCAUUCGUAUUGAUGCAAUCAAGCCAUGAUAAAACUAUCACUGAUCCAAAAUCAUUGAUUUUUUCGAAACGUUGAAGAUUAUUUUUCGUUAUAUUUUUUAUAUUUUUCGAAAUUUCUAUUUCAAGGCAAACUCGAGCAAGCCGACGAAUUUCAUGUUCCACCGCUUCAAAUAGAUUAGUACUGUAUAGUAGAUAAUAAAGUAUAAGUAAUUACAAAACUCUUCAUGGUACGCGCUAAUUAAUGCGAAAUACAAUUUACCUUCCGCUUGAAUUCGUUGGUAAAAAGAAGUGGUAUUGUUGAACUUGAUAAUGUCCCUUGUUCGUUUCCUAGAAUAAACGAAUUUUAGAAAGAUAAUUACCGUUGAAAAAGUAAAAUAAUUGUAUAUCGCGCAACUAAAUUUGAGAAACUUAACUUACUUGCAAUUGUCCGAACCCAAGAAUAAGACCAUUGCUCGACCAUAAAAUUUUCUCAGCUUUUGAUGUUGAAUUACUAACAGAAUUUGAUGCUAUCAUGUAUGCUGAAAAGAAUUAUCGGUAAACGAAUAAAGAUCUUUUGAUAUUUAAAUUAAAUUCAAAUUUUAGAUACCUUGAAAUUCGAUUGACGAUCCAUUCAAAACGACGUUUAUUGUAGUAGUGCCAGGAUAUAGGUAAAUAUCAAUGUUUUUGUAUUUAAUUAACAAUUCAUUACCGUAUAUAUCAACUUUAUAGCGAUCCGAAACUUGGACUUGAAAAUUUUCCGGUAUUCUACAUACUAAAAUAUCCUUGUAUUAAUUUCACGUGGCUAGUUCACGUUGCGAAUAUCUGAUGUAAAACGGAUAAAUAGGGUAGGAUAAAAUUAAAGCUUAGAAACAUAGUUAAGCAUAUUAAAUCGUGCCAUUAUUGCGUUAAUAAAAAGUUAAAUGUGUACUAUCAUGUAAUCGAGUGUAACUAUAUUCUUUCUUUACGCUAUAAUGUUAAAGUUGGAAAAUAUUAAACGGAAAUUUUUGUUAUUAUGGGUUUAUUAUAAUUAGAACGGAGGUAAUACGAUCGAUUCCAAAAUCGGAGCAAAGUCAAUGAUUUUUUAUGGAUCAAAUUUGUUUUAUUUUAAUGAAAGUCUCUAUGAAAUAACGAAUUCAAUGUUUCGCUAAAAUAUUCUCUACAAUUUUUUUUGCCUUUCUUGAACUGCAACGCGUCGUUUAAAUAAUAAUUUCCAUAGAUUUCACUAUAUUCUUAUUACAUUUUAAAACGUUUUUAUAAACUAGCUAUGCCGGUUUCUUUCUGAAAAAUAAAAUUUUUUUUAGUGAACGUCGACAACAAACUGGAAGAGAAAAAAGAAAAAGUAGAUGGAUAAUAACAACUUUUUCUUUCUAUUCUAUCAACAAAAUAUUUUGUUUAUAUUGAUAAGCGUACUAAUAUUCCAUACGAAUGUCCUAUCCACUACUUUCGAUUCUCGGAAAAAAGAUGUGUGUAUGUACGUAUGUAUGUAACUAUAUACGAUGGAAAGUUGUCGGAGUCAUACGAGUUUAUUUAUUUACUCGACCGGUUUUUAUUCGCGUACGUUCAGUGCUCUCUGAAGAAAGAGAGUUACUACGUUUAGUAUUCUUGUAGGAACGAAGAAGGAAGGAUGAAAGAUUAAAGAUCAUUCUAAUCAAGUCUUUUAAAGGAAUUGGCUAACGGAAUGCAUCAUUCGAUUGUACAGUACGUAAGAAAUUUAGAUUAUAUUAUUUAAAGGUAUUAUAACAUAAGACGUAAUAUUACCUAAAUUAUUAAAUAAAUAAUAACAAGACACACAUAUAAGAUAAUAUUAAUACAUAUAGAAUACGAGAAAGUUAUGGUAGAUACGUAAAUUUAAAUUAGUGUGUAUCAUAGCGUUGCUAUACCUUACAUAGGAAUCUUACUAACAAUUAGUAUAUUCAAGGAAGUAUAUAAAAUAUAUGUAUACACGUGUAAUCGCAGUUACUGUUCCGUGAGGCUACGUAUUCGAGCGUGUACCGUUCAGGUAUUACGACACCGUUUGCAAGAGUUCUUCAAUUCCGCGAUGGUAUUAGCAUGAGAACUUUCGAUUGCACUGGGUCCUUUCCGUUGCCUUUAGAAAGGGGCAAUUGAUAAAUUAGACGAGAAAGUCAACAAGGACGGAACGGACGAAAUGUUUUAUUUAUGUAUGCAACUAUAUGUAUGUUAACACUUUCCAAUAUUCUACUCAUUUCAAUAAAUUUAAAAUAAUAUUAUAAA